GCGGCCAGGAUCGGCCUCCCUGAGUCAGGGGGUCCGGGCUUCAGACCGGAGUCCGGCUCCGCGGCCCGCCAUGCACCCCGCGGCCGUCCCCUUCCCCCUCUUUGCCGCCACUAUGCUGUGGGGGACAAGCCCGGCCUGGGGCCUCAUCCGAGCGAUCUCGGAUCACAACUCCAGCAUGGACUUUGCGGACCUUCCCGCCCUGUUUGGCGCAGCGCUGACCCGGGAUGGCCUUCAGGGGUUUCUCAUCGAGGCCCAGCCGGCCAACGCCUGUGCCCCUAUCGCUCCCCCGCCUCCAGCGCACACCAACGGCUCGGUCUUCAUCGCUCUGCUGCGCAGGUUCGACUGCAACUUCGACGUCAAGGUCCUGAACGCCCAGAAGGCCGGAUACCGUGCAGCCGUGGUCCACAACGUCCAUUCCAACGAGCUCCUCAACAUGGUGUGGAACAGCGAGGAGAUCCAGCGGCAGAUCUGGAUCCCGUCCGUGUUCGUGGGAGAGACGAGUUCCGAAUACCUGCGCUCCCUCUUUGUCUACGACAAAGGGGCCCGAGUGCUGCUGGUCCCUGAGAGCGGCUUCCCCUUGGGCUACUAUCUCAUCCCUUUUACCGGGGUCGUGGGGCUCCUCGUGCUGGCCAUGGGGGCCGUGCUGGUGGUUCGCUGCGUUCAGCAGCGGAAGCGUCUCCGUCGGAAUCGGCUGACCAAGGAGCAGCUGAGGCAGGUGCCGACCCACAACUACCAGAAAGGGGACCAGUAUGACGUCUGCGCCAUUUGCCUGGAUGAGUAUGAAGAGGGAGACCAGCUGCGGGUACUGCCCUGUGCUCACGCCUACCACAGCCGCUGCGUGGACCCCUGGCUCACGCAGACCCGGAAGACCUGCCCCAUCUGCAAGCAGCCUGUGCAGAGGGGCCCCGAGGACGAAGAGGAGGAAGAGGAGGGCCCAGAAGGGGCCAGCCUGGCCUCCGAGCGAACCCCGCUACUGGGCUCCUCGCCCGGAGGGGCAUCGCUCCCCUCCUUUGGUUCCCUGGCCACCUCCCCCCCCGCCCCAACCGAGCCCCCUGCCCCCGUGGUGGUCUGAGGCCCCUCUCCCAGGCCCCUUCUUGGGGGAGGGAGUGAGUUUGGACACUACAGGGCCUCUUGCCACCCUCCAAUGCCAAAGCACCCCCGUCCCAGGUGGGGCUUCCG